AUGAGGUUCGGCAAAACCCUGCGAAACGCAGUCUACCCACCCUGGAAGGGCAAAUAUAUCGAUUAUGCCAAGCUGAAGACGCUUUUGCGAGAGCAUGAUGUCACUGGCGACGACGCCAGUGAUUCGGAUGAGAGCCAAUGGACGGAACAGGAUGAAGAGACUUUUGUGCAGGAAUUGCUGAACGUGCAGCUGGACAAAGUCACGGGCUUCCAGUCAGAAACCUCGCAGCAGCUCCGCGAGCGUACCACGGCGUGCGAGGCCAAGCUUCGCCCACUGGCCACAGCCACGGACCAGGCGGAACCCACUUUGAGCGACGAAGAAAAACGCACAAUUGCCACCGAGGUCUUGCGGGAGCUGGACAAUAUCACGAAAGAAGUCAGUGAAUUGGAAAAGUACAGCCGAAUCAACUUUACGGGUUUCCUCAAAGCCGCCAAGAAGCAUGAUCGCAAGCGCGGGGCUCGGUACCGUGUCAAGCCUCUGUUGCAGGUGCGCCUGUCGCAAACGCCCUUUAAUUCCGAAGACUACUCCCCUCUGGUUCACCGCUUGUCGGUGAUGUACUCGUUCGUGCGUGAGGCGCUGAGCCAGGAUAAUGUGCAACAGAAGGAGGCGGAACGUGGCUUUGGACGCGAUACCUAUUCGUCGUAUAAGUUCUGGGUGCACAUUGACAAUGUUCUGGAAGUCAAGACAUUUAUCUUGCGUCGUCUGCCGGUCCUCAUUUACAAUCCCGGAAGCGCAAAGACCCUAGACGGCCUAUCAGACGACCCGACCAUCACCUCCCUUUACUUUGAUAACGCCCAGUUCGAUCUCUACAACCAGAAAGUUGCCCGUGCCUCUGAAGCAGGCUCGCUGAGGCUGCGUUGGACUGGACAACUCAAGGAUAAGCCUCCAAUCUACUUGGAAAAGAAGAUCGUGACCGAGGCCGAUGACAGUCGGGAAAUCAGAGUGCAACUCAAGGAGAAACAUGUGAAGGAAUUCUUGGAUGACGAGUAUCAUCUAGACAAACAAGUCCAUCGUAUGGAGGAUCUGAACGAGGGAGAGGGUUCGAACGAGGCUCAAACCCUGAAGAACCACGUGGAAGAAUUGCAGUCGUUCAUCAAGGAGCACAAAUUGCAGCCGAUGCUGCGGGCCAACUACACGCGCACCGCAUUCCAAAUCCCCGGUGACGACCGCAUCCGUAUCUCUCUUGACACAAACCUGGCCUUGAUUCGUGAAGACUCUUUGGACAGUGAGCGUCCUUGCCGUGAACCUUCCGAGUGGCACCGCACCGAUUUGGACGACUCGCGCAUGUCGUACCCCUUCGAUGCCAUCCGCACGGGCGAGAUUGUUCGCUUCCCCCACGCUUUGCUUGAAAUCAAGCUACGCGGUAAGGCUCAUGAUGUCGAGUGGGUGAACGAUUUGAUGGCUUCGCACUUGGUCAAGGACGCCCCACGCUUUUCCAAAUUUGUUCACGGUGUCGCUCAGCUUUUCGAGGACCACGUGAAUAGCUUCCCCUUCUGGCUCGGUGAGCUCGAAAACGACAUUCGACGUGAUCCAGAGACUGCAUUCCACGAGGAGCAAGAACGCUUAGCCAAGCGUGCAGAAGAUGAUAUGGCUGUGGGUAGUUUCAUGGGUGGCGCAGGUAGCCCUGCAGGCCCACUUUCCGCAUCUCCCUUUGGUCGAUGGGGGGAGUCUGGCAGUCGCUCGGCGUUGCGCCGGCCAUCAUCCGUCAGUAUCACCAGGAAGCCACCUCCGCGUCGCAUCUCCACCGUUGCGCCUCAAACACACCGUGAGCCUGCGACCAUCACGUCGGCCACCGAAGAGGAAGAGGAGGAAGAGCAGCCCGAGGAACCGUCUUCCCGCUUCACCGCUAUCAUGAAGUCGUUGGGAGUCAACUCCAAGAACUGGACCGGCCGAGAGGUGGUUUCUCUGCCGCCCGGUGUCCGUCACCCUGGGUUUUGGAUCAAGGACCAAGGGCCCAUCCGCGUGGAAAGCAAAGUGUGGCUCGCUAACCAGCGUACCUUCAUCAAGUGGUUGCACGUCAGCAUCCUUCUGUCGAGUCUAUCGCUUGGUCUUUAUAAUGCUGCCGGAAAGCACAACCGCGUGGCCAUUGCUCUGGCCUAUGUAUACACCUUCUUCGCCAUCUUCUCUGCCGCCUGGGGCUGGUACAUGUAUGAGAAGCGCGCGCGUCUCAUUCGCCAGCGCAGUGGAAAGGACCUCGACAACAUGUUGGGUCCGAUCGUGGUUUGCGUCGGCCUCGCUGUUGCUCUUGUUUUGAACUUUGUGUUCAAGUAUAAAUCCGCUUUGAACCACAGCGGCCAGGGUCACCUACCUGAUCAGUUCAACGCAACGGCGACCAGUGCCAUCGACUCUGCCUCGUGGCACCACGGAGGUGCUCAUGGUCUUAACCAACAGCAGGUUCUUUGA